AUGCCUUCGGUAUCUCUUAAGGGCAAACUAGCAAACAAAUUAUUUCAUACCGACGCACAACAACGCCCCGAAAGCGAACAAAAAGCCCUCAAGGAGCUCGCCAAGGACGCGGUAGUUACGCCGUACGUCGAGGAAGAGCCGUCUGUAAGAGAAUGGAUAUGGAGUCUCAAACCCACAAGGGAAGGCUCGGUCAAGUAUUUUAACAGCUUGUUUCCGUUCAUUUCGUGGAUGCCUCGGUAUAACCUACACUGGAUGCUCGGGGAUGCCAUUGCGGGUCUCACAGUUGGCUUCGUCGUUGUCCCGCAGGCAAUGGCGUAUGCCCUUCUAGCCAACCUUAGUCCCGAGUAUGGCCUGUACACGUCGUUUGUGGGUGCAGCUUUGUAUUGGCUGUUUGGCACAUCGAAAGAUAUUGUAAUAGGGACUACUGCCGUCGGAUCCCUUCUUGUCGGCGGAGUCAUCAACACAGUAGAACGGGAAAAGCCUGGCGUCUACACCCGGGAAGAAGUUGCCAAAGGGCUCUCAUUUCUAUCCGGCCUCAUCCUCAUCUUCCUGGGCCUCUUCCGCCUGGGCUGGCUGAUCGAAUUGAUUCCCUACGUUCCCAUAUCCGCUUUCGUAACAUCAGCCAGCUUCACCAUCAUUGGCACUCAACUCCCAGUUGCCCUCGGUAUUACGGGAAUCAAGACAAGGGAAGCUCCAUACAGGGUGUACAUCAACGUCUUGAGAAACCUCGGGAAGACUAAACUUGACGCCACAAUCGGACUCACAUCGAUUGUCCUCCUAUUCAUCCUGAGGGACGUCUUCGCGAAGCUAGAAGUACGGCGGCCAGCGAAGAAGAGACUAUGGGCCAUGUUAAGCUCGCUUCGGUUGACCUUUGCAAUUCUCCUAUACACCUUCAUCAGUUGGCUCGUCCACCGGAAACUACCGAAAGGUCAACACAAAUUCCGACUUGUAGGCCAUAUUGAAUCCGGAUUUAAACACGCUGGUGUGCCUAGAAUGUCCCCCGAACUCUUCGGCCUAGUUGCCCCCGAACUCCCUGCCAUCAUUAUCAUCUUGAUUAUCGAGCACAUCGCAAUUGCGAAAUCAUUCGGUAGAAUCUAUGGCUACACGGUGAUUCCGUCCCAAGAAACCCUCGCACAGGGUGUGUCCAACACACUCGGGACCUUUAUCGGAGGGUACGCCUGCACCGGGUCGUUUGGCGCCUCUGCCGUCUUGACCAAAGCGGGCGUCCGGACGCCACUGGCUGGACUCUUCAGCGCCAUGAUUCUAGUGCUGGCAUUAUACGCGCUCACGGCUGUCUUCUACUACAUCCCCAUGGCGGCUCUCGCAGGCCUAAUCAUCCACGCAGUCGCGAAUCUGAUGACUCCACCAAGCGCGCUGUAUAAGUACUGGAAACUUGCUCCCCUUGAGCUUCUGAUUUGGAUCGUUGGAGUGGCAGUCGCGUUGUUCGUGUCCCUCGAGACGUCAAUCUACGCCACGAUUGCACUAUCGUUUGGUUUAUUACUCAUCCGCACCGCUCGCUCCCAGGGCAGUUUCCUCGGAAGAGUGCAAAUCCACCGCGUGGUGGCUACACAUACCCAGAGACACACCCAUCUCCGAGCUACCGACAACGACGAAGCCGAAACCACCUCCUACAGCUCCAGCACGCACAUUGACGGCGCCGAACACCCUCCCGCCCGAGAUGCCUACCUCCCCCUCUCCAAAUCUCGGUCCCCAAACCCACGAAUCCCAGUCCCAGCCCCCUACCCAGGAGUCUUCAUAUACCGCUUUAAUGAAUCCUUCAACUACGUCAACAAAGCCCAACACCUUGACCACCUUCUCUCUUACAUAGUCUCCCACACCCGGCGCACCAAAUCCGGCGACGGCAUCCCAAUCAAAGACCGUCUCUGGUCCGAGCCCCUCGCAACACCAGGCCGCUCACCCUCUUCCGAUCCAUCAAAGCCGCUCCUCCGUGCCGUAAUCCUGGACUGCGGCACCAUCAACCACCUCGAUAUAACCUCGAUCCAAGGCCUGAUCGAUACGCGAAACACGUUAGACCGAUAUGCGGCUCCAGAAAUCGUAGAAUGGCAUUUCGCGGGUCUAGCGAACCGAUGGGCGAGGCGCGCACUGUCGGUCGCUGGGUUCGGAGUCCCGGUUCUACGUGGUGAUGAUAGAACCGGGAAUUGGUGUCCGGCGUAUAGUGUUGCGAGUUCGUUGGCGGGGGCGACGGCGGAGGAUAAGAGGAAGGGGAGGGAGAUGAAGAGGGAGGUUGAGGGGGGCGAUGAGGAGAGAGUGGUUGUGGAGAUGGAUGACAUGACGGAGGUUGAUGGGGAGAAGCGGUUGGAACCGAUAUAUGGAGUCGAUCGUCCAUUUUUCCAUGUCGAUCUUGUGGAUGCGGUGGAUAUGGCUGUGAGGGAUGCGAGGCGAAGAGAUGAGAUGAUGGGUGUACACUCGGACACGAAUGUCCAUGAGCAUGAGAAUGGGAGUGUGAGUUAA